CGCAAUGGAGAAAAGCACCACUGAUCCUCCUCCAGACGGCAAGUCUGAGAAGAAAGAAAAUCCGGAUCAGAAAGAAAGUGACAUGAAGCCAUCAGAUGAGCAAGAAAAUGGCCCUCAACCUGCUGAAGGAGAGCCAGAUGAGAAAGAGUUAGAUGCCAAAAAGACUAAAGGUCAAAAACCUAAGGCUACUCCUAAGAGGAAGAAAAAAGCUCCAAAUACACCUGAAAAUAUUGAGAUUGUAGAAGAACUCUAUCGUGAUGUAACCGUAAGAGAUGAGACCAUCAAAAGAUUAAACCUCAAAGUAAUCGAUCUUCAAGCCCAACUAAAAGAUUCCUUAAUAAAAGCAGAAAAGAGCGGAAAUGCUAAGCGGGACUACAAAAUAGCCCACAUGCAGGAUGAUCUACGUCAUGCUAAGAAUGACUUAGUGCUUAACUCCCAACAGCUUGAGAAGUUCAUGGAAGAAGGCACUAAAACAGUCAAUGAAUACAUACAAAAAUACGAAAAAGCUGAAGAACAACUUGGCAAACUUCGGGAAGAAAUAACCAUAAAGCAAAAUCUUCUAAAAUAACAAAGAUGAAAUCUACAGAAGAGUUUUAGCUGAUUUACAGGAGGCUAGGAAACAGGUUGGAACCCUCCAAGUUGGCAAACUCCAACUAGAGAAAACCAACAACAAGCUUCUCCAGAAAAUAGCUGGGUUAAAAGAUGAGAAAGUGACUCUUGAAGAUAGACUGAUUAACCAAGAUUCAGUCACGAACAAGAUCAAGAAGCAGAGCAUGCUUGUCUCUGAAUUCAACUCGAAAUACUACGGUAUUAAUAUAUCUGAAAUUGGGCAGGAAAUAAACAAACACAUGUUUGAAUUAAUGGUGAAUCUGAGAAAGAAUCACUUAUGCAGCCUUAUCCAAAGCGGGAAGGACCUCAGACACCUACUUGAGGAAGAAGGCCGAGAAGACCUUAUUAAUAAGCUAAAGAAAUUCCAUGAUCUUAAAGAUUUUGAACCUGAAGAGACUCAUAAGCCUGUAGUUGAUGAGAAAAAGCCUAAAAAAAAGAAAGAUAAAAAGUCUGCAAAAGCUAUUAGAAAAGGAGGUGGCUAUGUACUUGAAAAAGAUUAUGAAAGUGAUCAAGAGAGCGAGAAAAAUAAACCCCUAGUUGUUAGGAAGACAAAAGAGACUAUGACAGAGAAGGAAUGGAAGGAAUACGUCUGAAAAGUAAAGCUCAACAAUCCUGUUCUUAAGAGACUUAUGAAUCUAAGCAAGCAUCAUUUUAAAGGAAAAGAUGGUAUUUUUAAAAGCCAUUCUGAUCUUGCUGCGCUACUCACUAAAGGAGUUAACUACACUAAAAAACAGAAUAACUUCCUUGGUAAGAUCUUCAAGGUGUUCAAGUCCAAGCCAACUGAUGAGACUCUGAUCAAGGAGAACAAAGAGCUCAAUGAAAGGAUGGACACUUACUCUAAACUACUCACGAUGUCAAUUUCAGAAAUCAUCAAAUAUGUCUCAGAAGCCAAAGAUGGAAUUGAAAAGAUAGAGGAUAAAUACAAAGGAUUCUUCUCUCUAAAGGACCCCUCCUUGCUCUCCCAAGUGACCUCCAAGAGUGAGACCAAGGAAGAAAUGAAUCCUUCUGUUAAGCUGAAGCACAAAGAAAGAGAGAUCGACGAGCUGAGAGACGAGUUGAACCAUAUUAAGAUCCAGAUGACUGACAUUGAGAGCGAAUAUGAAAAGAGCACUCAAAAACAACUUAUGUAUAAGAGCAAGCUGGAUCUGUCAAAGCGAGAUGCUGACGAUAUCAAGCGAGAUUACCAAGUCAGGAUCUCUGACUAUAAGCAAGCCUUAUAUGAAAAGGACGAGGAGACAACUAAACUCCUAGAAGCCAUAAAGAAUCUUGAAAGAGAGAUUCGAACCAAUGAAACUGUUAAUUCAGGCUCAAGCUAUGAACUGGAGUCGAUAAAGAAAAAGCUAAAAGAAGCUCAGCAUCAUCAGGAUAUGCUUACUAAGAAAAUUAGGGAGUAUGAAGAAGUUGUACGUGUGAUCAAUGUGAAUCUCAAGAAGAAUACCUCAGAAACUACAGAAGCUAGUACAACUACUAAGCAUAAGCUUAGGGAGAUCGAGAAAAUGAAGCUUAGGUUUAAAAUUCUAGAAGAUGAGCUUCACAAGAGAGAGGACUAUAUCCUUGCGCUGAAGAGCAAGUUGGUUAAAAAUAGUAAGGAACUGAAGCACAAAGAUGAAGAAAUUAAUAAAAUGAUCACAAGAAGACUAGAUAAAGCUGAGAAUAUUGAAAAUACACAAAAGAAAGAGUAUGAGAGUCAAAUCGGAGUUCUCAAAGACAUGAUAGUAGGAUUAAAAUCUCAAAUCAAAGCUAAAGAUAUGGACAGUUACAGACUAGAAUCAAAGGUUGUCAGCUUACAAUCACAGAUUGAUGCUGUUAAGACACAUGAACAGAAGCUAAACUCUAUGAUCAGGAGCUCACAUCCAAGCCCAGCCUAUUCCCCUGCCUCAAUCAACAGCAAGUUAAAAGUUUCAACAAGCAGAAUGAAGGCCUCUCGAGAAAGUGCAAGGUCGAAACCUUUGAUUAAAUCGACUCCCAAGGUCCAGAACCAACCUAAGCACACUCUUUUUUCUAACUCUAAUACAAACUACGAGAGUCCUCUAAAGCAAUCUCCGAUGCAUCGCAAGAGUAGUACGAUCCAAAGCACAAAGCCUAACAUAUUGAUCAGUACCAAAGAGAAAGACUCUAUCGAAGAGAAUUCUGAUUAA